GGUAAUGUUGGGGAGGGAGUGUCUCGUCCGUACGCACAGACAGCCGGGAGCAGCUGAAGCAAGAGGAGUUCUGGUAACAUUUCGCUGCAUUGCUGAAAGUGACACAUUAUCAUUUAAAACUUGAACAAUUCUAGAAUAGCAUUGUAUCAACGACAGCUAGAAUGGUAGAUCGCGAGCCACUGGUGCAGAAAGCCAGGCUGGCCGAACAGGCUGAAAGAUAUGAUGAUAUGGCAGCAGCCAUGAAAUCGGUGACAGAGUCGAACGAGGCCUUGUCCAACGAGGAGAGGAACCUGCUCUCUGUGGCCUAUAAGAACGUGGUGGGGGCGCGGCGCUCGUCCUGGCGCGUCGUCUCCAGCAUCGAGCAGAAGACCUCGGCGGACGGCAACGAGAAGAAGAUGGAGAUGGUGCGCGCGUACCGCGAGAAGAUCGAGAAGGAGCUGGAGACCGUGUGUCAGAAUGUGCUCAACCUCCUGGACAACUUCCUGAUCAAGAACUGCAACGACACGCAGCACGAGAGCAAAGUGUUUUACCUGAAGAUGAAAGGCGACUACUACCGCUACCUGGCCGAGGUGGCCACGGACGAGAAGAGGGUCGGCGUGGUGGAGUCCUCUGAGAAGUCCUACAGCGAGGCCCAUGAGAUCAGCAAGGAGCACAUGCAGCCCACCCACCCCAUACGCCUGGGUCUGGCCCUCAACUACUCCGUGUUUUACUACGAGAUCCAGAAUGCACCUGAGCAGGCCUGCCACCUGGCCAAGACCGCCUUCGAUGACGCCAUCGCUGAGCUAGACACCCUGAACGAGGACUCCUACAAAGACUCUACCCUCAUCAUGCAGCUGCUACGAGACAACUUGACACUGUGGACGAGCGACCAGCAAGACGACGAGGGUGGCGAGACCAAUAACUAGAGAGUCCCUAAAGAGACCUCCGUGUCCUGUUUCAGCCAAUACACACAACACGUCCACGCGCUCACAAAUGACAACAAACAAAAAUUAAACAGUUCUUAGAAAUUUUUAAAUGUUGGCUGGUGGAACUUUGGCAGCCAAUUUUGCCGAUGAUACAACAGCAGCUGCAGUUCUUUAUUUUUCCCAACGAAUAUAAAAAGUGAAGAAACAAUGUAAUUAAAAAGAGGAGUAGGACAGGAGAUGAGUUUAGUUUCUAGUGUCGUUAAAAAAAAAAAGGAAAAAAAAUAAUAUAUAAACCCCUCCCUUCUUGAUUGCCUCUGCAACUUUUGUCAAAACACCACUUGAGAAUGAAGAAGGUCUGUGGUCAGUGAGUCAGUCAGUCAGUCAGUGAGUAGAGUGUGGCUGUUAGAGACGACACCCUCACGCUGGCAUGGAGACCGGCAUGUUAUGUCGUUAGCUACAUGAAGUGGAGCUGCUAAUUUAACUUAUGUGGUAAGGGAGGAGGAACAUUCAAAAUUGUAAGGGGCGAUCGACGCUUGUGCAUAAAAUAAAAUUAAUAUAUAGAAUAUUAAAAAAAUAUAUAAUAAUAAUUAAUCACCUCGCAAAAAAAAAAAUAAGAGUAAUAACAGUUUCCUGAUAGGGUGAAAGAGCUAUCUUAUCUCUAGCCAGACACCUCAGACUUACCACCAUGGGAAUCUAGAAGUACGCCUCACCCUGUAAUGGUAAUCGUUGAGUGAAGUCAGUUAUUGUUUGUGGUUAUUGAACAUAACCCAAUGAUUUGUUCCCAUGAUCUCAGCAAUUGGUUUGGACCCAGUCAUCUAGAGUACUGUAACGAACGCAGGAGGAAACAAGUACAGUCCUCUCAUGCACUGAUACGCUACACAGUCAUCUAGAGUACUGUAACGAAAGCAGGAGGAAACAGACCGCCAGUACAGUCCUCUCAUGCACUGAUACGCUACACAGUCAUCUAGAGUACUGUAACGAAAGCAGGAGGAAACAGACCGCCAGUACAGCCCUCUCAUGCACUGAUACGCUACACAGUCAUCCAGACUAGAGUACUGUAACGAAAGCAGGAGGAAACAGACCGCCAGUCCUCUCAUGCACUGAUACGCUAUACAGUCGUCCAGACUAGAGUACUGUAACGAAAGCAGGAGGAAACACACCGCCAGUCCUCUCAUGCACUGAUACGCUACACAGACACAAAACAUUUUCAAGUACACGGUUAUCAUUAUUAUUACUACUCACCCCUUACCGAGGUUGUCAAGGGUGCCAUAUUAUUAGAAUAUCAAAAAUAUGCUAACACAAUGAAAAUGAAAACGCUAAAACGUACCAAAUGUAAUUAUUUUGUAGAGGGGAUCAUUUGAUAUCGUUAAAGCAACAGAAUUUUGCCCUAAAUUAAGGUACAUUUAUGUUUACAAUAAUUACUUAUUGUAGAUCUUUGAAAUGACACACAGUUGACUGGAACCACGCGCUCCACGAUACACCUUUCUUUUGGGCGCUGGCCAAUAUAUAAAAACAGUUUUGUUUUUCUUCUUUCUGUUAACCUUUUAAUUGUCAAGAAAUACAUUUGCCUAUCAUACUGUUCCUUGAGUGUAAAAUGGUGACUACUCCAAUAGCAGGGUGGCCUAGUGGUUAGAACGUUGGACUAGUAACUGUAAGGUUGCAAGUUCAAACCCCCCUCCCUACCUGACAAGGCACAAAGCUGUCGUUCUAACCCACUGUUCCCCGGUAGGCCGUCAUUGAAAAUAAGAAUUUGUUCUUAACUGACUUGCCUAGUUAAAUGAAGGUUAAAAAAAUAUAUAUUCUCCAUAUUAUAAUACUGUGCAUGCUGGUGACGUAUUUACCUACAUUAACUUGACUGCCUUACUAUGAACUUAUACUGUAGACGUGAUGUAAUUCAUAUGAACAUGAAAUGACUGGAUUUCAAUCUGAUUUUUUUUCUAUUUAUACUUUAUAGUGGAUUUGUUUGAACAUUUAUUUUCAUAUUUGUUUUUCUUUUCUCCAUCUGCUGGAAGUACACUAUACCAAAAACAGUGACUGUUAACAUUAAAUCGAUCUGUAAUGGACA